AUGGAAUCUAAAGACUGUGCAAAACUGGUACUAUGUUUAUUGGUUUGUGGAGUUGUCCCUAGCGUUCUUUCAGCGCCAAUGGCGGACAAUGAAGAGUCCUUAAGCCAGGAUCUGAACGGAGACGCUUUACAGGAAAUGGGGACAGACUACGACAAACCAUUACUGCAGCUGAUUGGUAAAGCAAUUGAACAGCUAGAGAGCAAAAUAAAUGAUAAAAUAUGUGAUCUUCAUCCAUGUUCCGAGUGGGAAGAAUGGACAGGAUGCUUUGCGCAUGUCAAUGACUUUGGGGCUAAAUUCCGUACCCGGGAAUGCGGUGUAAAUUACAAAGCUUGCGACUCCGAUACAAAAGCGAAGACUGAAGAAACUGAAAUAUGUCACGGUUACUGUCCAGACGACUAUAACAUUACGAAUAGCGGAUAUUGUGUGAAAUUGUAUCGUGGCAUGCAGACAACUCGGGAGGAAGCGGAACGGCAGUGUGAAAGCGACGGUGGCCACCUUGUAAACAUCGACUGCAUGAGGAAAUACAAAGAUGUCAAAGGAGUUAUCGACAAAGAAUGGUUCACGUCUCAGUUUUGGGUAGACGGACUCCGUAGUAAUGAUAGUUCAACAUGGGAGUACGGCUAUGGUUCCGCGGAGGGAUUUUUCAACUGGUACCCUGGGGAACCUAGCAACGGAGAGGGCGAAUCGUGUUUAGUUGUCAAGGGUUACCAGAUGCAAUGGCAGGACGUGCACUGUUUGGAUGUGUAUAACUACAUGUGUGAAGUCAUUGAACUCUAA